UCUCUUUGAUUUGUCAUAUCGACAAAAAGUUAUAAGACUGCUUUGCGGGGAGUUUACAAUUUAACACACGGAUAUUUAGUUAAAAUUAAGUAGUUUUUAUUUAACUAACUAAGAAAUUAAGCAUUCAGAAUGGACGAUAAAGGAAGAAAAGUGAUCGUUUGUGACAACGGUACCGGUUUUGUGAAAUGUGGGUUCGCCGGUAGCAACUUUCCGGCGUACAUCUUCCCGUCGAUGGUGGGACGGCCGAUUAUCAGAGCGGAGAACAAAAUCGGCGAUAUUGACGUGCAGGAUUUGAUGGUAGGUGAUGAGGCGUCAAAACUUCGAUCUAUGUUGGAAGUCAGCUAUCCCAUGGAAAAUGGGGUGGUCAGGAACUGGGAGGACAUGUGCCACGUGUGGGACUACACGUUCGGACCGAGCAAGAUGAACAUCGACCCGCGCGAGACCAAGAUACUGCUCACCGAGCCGCCCAUGAACCCCACCAAGAACAGAGAGAAGAUGAUUGAGGUUAUGUUUGAGAAAUAUGCAUUUGACAGUGCGUAUGUGGCCAUCCAAGCCGUUCUCACCCUGUACGCGCAGGGGCUUAUUUCAGGAGUAGUUGUGGACUCUGGCGAUGGUGUUACCCACAUUUGUCCGGUUUACGAAGAGUUCGCGCUGCCGCAUCUGACGAGGCGUUUGGACAUAGCCGGCAGGGACAUCACUAGAUACCUUAUAAAGUUGCUGCUACUGCGCGGCUACGCGUUCAACCAUUCCGCGGACUUUGAAACAGUGCGCAUGAUGAAGGAGAAGCUCUGUUACAUCGGAUACAACAUCGAGCAAGAGCAGCGGCUCGCGUGGGAGACCACCGUUCUAGUCGAACCCUAUGUGUUGCCGGACGGGCGCGUGAUCAAAGUGGGCGGGGAGCGGUUCGAGGCGCCCGAGGCGUUGUUCCAGCCGCACCUCAUCAACGUGGAGGGACAGGGGAUCGCGGAACUCGUCUUCAACACUAUACAGGCGGCCGACAUAGACAUGAGGAACGAGCUAUACAAGCACAUAGUGUUAUCCGGAGGCUCCACGAUGUACCCCGGCCUCCCCUCGCGACUGGAGAGGGAAAUCAAACAACUGUACUUAGAAAGAGUGCUUAGAAACGAGUGCGAUAAAUUAUCGAAAUUCAAGAUCCGGGUAGAAGAUCCCCCUCGUCGUAAGGACAUGGUGUUCAUCGGCGGAGCGGUCCUCGCCGAGGUGUGCAAGAACAGGGACAACUUCUGGCUCUCCAGGCAGGAGUAUCUUGAACAGGGCCUUUCCUGCCUUAGAAAGUUGGGGCCGCGUGCAAGUUAACUUUACAAAUUUGUUCCAUUUUGAAAGAAAUAAUGGAAGGAUGAAAUACGAAGUAUUAUUCCUUAUUUACUCUUAUUGCAAUUAUAGUCUAAAUCGUCAUAGAAAUUCCUGUUUUUUUUUUGGUAAAAUUAUCUAAAAUGGCAUUUCGCUGGUUUGCUGUUAUAAGGAUCUAUGUAUUUUUUUUUUUGGAAAAAAAUAUAUAUCACAUUAUUCUGUCUUUUUUAUUUUAAAAUAAUCAAGUAAUUACAAAAGAGAAAUAAAAAGAAUACCAUGAACUAUUGUUUUUAAUUUUCACCAAAAAAAAUAAUUAUAUAUAAUUUUUCUAAAAUCGAUAAUCAAUAUAGAACCCUGUAAUAGUGAGCCAGCAAUAUUUAUAGUUCAUUUUAUAUUAUACUCGUUUUAUCCAAAAUAUACGUCGAUAAUAUUUUUUCUAUAGGAUAAUGAAAACUAAGAUACUAGUGGCUUUCUGUAAAAUUGAUAUUGCAAAGCCGUACUUUCGUACUUACAUUAUGCAAUUAUUUAAAUAAUAUUUCAACUUUGUGAUGAUACUCAUGAAAUCAACUUAGGAUACUAUGGUAUAAACUUUAAUCGUGGAUAGGGUAUUUGACUAUAUUUGAUUUUAUGCAUUUUUUUAUAUAUAACAGCAAUUAGUACACAAAAUAAAUCCUUCUGUGAAAACAGCAUUAAAAUUCGAUAAGAAAUGAGACAGUAAUUCAAAUUUCAAAUAUUGCUACGCGCAGGAGUGGGGAUAUCGCUCCAUCUCUUUCUUUCGCGCGCAUCGCAAUGCCCGCUGACGUCACAUGCAGGUAUUUCGUCGUUUUUUAACAUUCACCCCUACUACCAAAUUUCAAUGGCUUAUAAUGUUUUAGAAUUUAUAAGACGUACAUAUUUUAUAAAAAUUAUAAAAAAAUAAGUCAAAUACCCUAUUAUGCAUAGAAAAACGUAUAUUUAGCAAUGAUCCUUAUGUCAUCUAUAAAAAACCUUAACUUUAGAAAAAGACUGCCUCGAUCAGUUGUACUACGAUACGACUGCAGUGCUGUCUCGGGUUCCAUACACAAGUCGGUCAGUGAUAGGUUUUUCUAUUCAGUAUCAGCCCGGAGUCUGGAAUUUAGCCCGAUAUGGCGAUAGGCUCGCUCUCAUCACAACAUGGAAGACACACACCAGUUACGUCUCUGUUUACCCCUUUGGAGAUAAAAGGCGUGUGUGUACUGAGAAUGCAUUUAAAUUUUUUGAUAGACGCAAAAGAUCCCUGCUAAAUUGAACACCCUGUAUGUAUUACAACAUAUUACAGUUAUCUUUAUUUCUUGUUACCGAUUAUAGACUGAUUAUUAUUUGUGAGAACGACGAAUUAAAUACAUUUUUAUUCA